UCUCUGAAAUAGCACUGGAAUCGGAAAAGGAAACUCAGGGGGUCUCGAUCGUGUUGAAAGGGCAGGAGCCUGCUGAGUAUUGACAACUUGAGAGCAUGAAAUCAAGGCAAAGAAGGCGCCAGGCACACCGGGACUUUCCCGCGGGUUUGGACGAGUUUCUGCCAUGCAAUUUCUGGAAGCCUUCUAGAUCCCCAUCUUGGUAUAGAGGUGCUCCACAACCUGUGCACAUCCUUCUUUCGGUUUGUUCGGUCUUGUUUACUCACACUCCUUGUAGUGUUUAUACUUGCAAUUGCAAGGCAUUCCCAGCCACAGCAACGCUGAUCACUUACCGCCGCUUCGGCCUGUUCUUCGUAACCCUACCACAGCUCCACAAGACGAUUCGUUCGUUCAAGUCUACACCGUACAAACUGCUGCCAGGCUACUCCUUGCUACCUCGUACCUACACCUUUGUACCAACCGCAUACCUUCACCUCCUGGUCAGUACGUGGUAUGCAGCAAAUCCUCCUUGAAACCAUAUCAUACGCGAAUGAUACGCCUUCUCUCACGACAGCUCAGUUACUCGUCCAAGGAGAGGGUUUCCCGUGAACACGGCGCGUACGUACCACAAGUCACAAUCAGCCAACAAGGCCCAUAAAACAAUGUACCUUCUUGGGCUUGCCAUACCCACCAUCCAUGCCGGGUAGCGUUGAAACAACUAGCCAACGAACUUCCAAACAUAGUAACAUCACUUCCAUCACCCGUCCAGUGCAGUUCAGCUUUACUCCAAUAUCUCACUCUAUUAUACAUGUUGCAGACCCGCCACGAGGAGAAACAUGAGCAA